GAACAAACAUGACCUUCCCUCCUCCCUGCCUUGGUUGAGAAAUCCAAGCUGAGGAAAUGAACUCCUGCCUGCUUGGUGGGUGGCAGGACUGAAAGCAGAUCCAGGCUCUUUGACUUCCCAUGCUGCUGAGACUCUCCUUGUUCAGGCCUUGACUUCCUAAAGGAUGGCUGACCCUCUUCCUGCGUUUCAGAGAGUUUCUACAGGGCUUUUCUUCUUGUCUCUUUGGGGCAUUGUUGUAGGUGACAAGCUCCUGGCAGUCCCCUUGGAUGGAAGCCAUUGGCUUAGUAUGAAGGAUAUACUUGAGCAUCUCAGUGGCAGGGGGCAUGAAAUCGUGGUGCUGGCACCAGAAAUCAAUUUGCUUUUGAAAGAAUCUAAGUACUACACAAGAAAACUCUACCCAGUGAGCUAUAGCCAAGAAGAGCUGGAGGACCGCUUCCGCUCCUUCGGGAACCAUCACUUUGCUGAGAGAACAUACGUUACCGCUGCUCUCACGGAGUAUAGGAACAACAUGAUCGUGAUUGACAUGUGGUUCUUCAACUGCCAGAGCCUCCUGAAGGACUCAAACACCCUGAACUUCCUCAGGGAGAGCAAGUUUGAUGCUCUGUUCACAGACCCGGGGCUCCCCUGUGGUGUGAUCCUGGCAGAGUACCUGCAGCUGCCCACCGUGUACCUCUUCAGGGGCUUCCCUUGCUCCCUGGAGCAUGUGUUCAGCAACACCCCAAGCCCUGUGUCCUACAUCCCCAGAUGCUACACAGAGUUCUCUGACCAUAUGACCUUUCCCCAACGAGUGAUCAACUUCCUAGUUAGUUUUUUGGAGAACCUGUUAUUUCAUUGUCUGUAUUCAAAGUAUGAAGUCCUGGCCUCGGAUCUCCUCAAGAGGGACGUGCACUUACCCUCCUUAUUUCAGAAGGAUCCUGUGUGGCUGUUAAGAUAUGACUUUGUGUUUGAGUACCCCAGGCCAGUCCUGCCCAACAUGGUCUUCAUUGGAGGGACCAGCUGCAAGAAAUCAGGAGCCCUGUCUCAGGAAUUUGAAGCUUAUGUUAAUGCUUCUGGAGAACAUGGAGUUGUAGUUUUCUCUUUGGGAUCCAUGGUCUCAGAGAUUCCGGAGAAGAAAGCUAUGGCCAUUGCUGAGGGUUUGGGCAAAAUACCUCAAACGGUCCUGUGGCGCUACACUGGAACUCCACCAUCAAAUCUUGCAAAGAAUACCAUACUUGUCAAGUGGUUACCCCAAAAUGAUCUGCUUGGUCACCCGAAGACCCGGGCAUUUAUCACACAUGCUGGCUCCCAUGGCGUUUAUGAAGGGAUAUGCAAUGGUGUCCCCAUGGUCAUGAUGCCCUUGUUCGGUGAUCAGAUGGACAAUGCAAAGCGCAUGGAGACACGGGGAGCUGGUGUGACCUUGAAUGUCCUUGAAAUGACUUCUGAUGACAUAGCAGAUGCUCUAAAAAAAGUCAUCUAUGACAAAAGCUACAAGGACAACAUCAUGCGCCUCUCCAGCCUGCACAAGGACCGUCCCAUAGAGCCCCUGGACCUGGCAGUGUUCUGGGUGGAGUUUGUGAUGAGGCACAAGGGGGCGCCACACCUGCGCCCUGCGGCCCACGACCUCACCUGGUACCAGUACCACUCCUUGGAUGUCAUUGGCUUCCUCCUGGGCAUCGUGCUGUUGGUGGCCUUCAUCUCCUUUAAGUGUUGUGCCUAUGGCUUCAGGAAAUGCUUUGGGAAAAAGGAGCAAAGGAAGAAAACCCAGAAAUCCAAGACACAUUGAGAAGUGGGUGGGAAAAAAGGAAAAAUUUUGUUCAAUUCUCUAAUCAAAUGCAAACUGGAAAACAGUCAGCAUUAAAUUUUUUUAAUUCUCAUUGAAGAAAUCCUUUGUGAAAAGUUAGAUAUCCCUAAAAUAUUUUUUAAAAAUAAAAAUAAUCUAAUUGCUGGUCACCCCUACAAGCAAAGGGAUUUGAAUAUGGAUUCUGCCUUGCCAGAAUGACUUAAAAAGGGCGCUGGCACUCUGCAUUACUUUUCUUACUCAGGAAAGUCACCUGUUUGGACCUAUAGGAUUCAGUGGUGGCCCUGAGGUUCUCCUCACUUCAGUGAUGGUUCCAAGGUCAUUGAUUUCCAUGGCCUCCUUUUGUUAGUGCCUCAGCAGUGAUGACCAGUGCCCCUGCCGAUCAUGCUUCCUGGAUGUCGCUCUGUAUGUUCGGAGAGGGAAAUCUUUGUACCUUGAGGGUGUGUUUGAUAUGAAUGAGUGGGUUGGAGACCUUGAAAACAACAUGAUUUCCAAAUUUGGGGGGAAAAUUAAUGGAUGAUGUAUUUGAGAUGACAGUAAUCGCUUGUGUCCAAUGGAUUGGAAUUUGCUAAAAAACAAGUAUAAUUCUGGGAGUACAUUUUUUCUGAUGUUUUCCAUAACUAAAACUUUGUUAUAAUAAAUUCAUAUAAAUUAUA